AUGGCCGCAAUCAUGGCAAAAAAGACAAAGGUAUUAGUAACCCACAGUAAGAGACUCCAGGAAGAAGCUGAGGAUGACAUCACUUUUACGGAGGAAGAUGGCAAUAGAUUAUUGUUGCCACACAACGAUGCCUUGGUAAUCUCUAUUAAUGUCUUAGAUUUGAAAAUUCAACGUGUUUUGGUGGUCCCAGGAAGUUCGGACAAUAUUAUCCAGUGGAGAGUGCUGGAGCAAGCCAAGUUGACCGGAAGUACCAUUCCGGCCACAAAACUCCUCGUCGGGUUCAAUAUGGCAAGUGUGACAACCCGAGGAGAGAUCCUGCUGCCCACGAAUGCCAAGGGGGUGAUGAAGAAGACCCUUUUCGAGGUAGUAGACGGUGAUAUGGGCUACAAUAUUAUCCUGGGGAGACCAUGGUUGCCCGAGAUGAAAGCUGUGCCGUCAAUAUAUCAUCCAUUGUUAAAAUUCCCAACUCUCGAGGGAAUUAAACAAAUAAGAGGCGACCAACCGACGGCGAGGGAGAUGAAUGCAAUCUUAGUUUAUAGUAGCAAAGGGAAGAAACAUGUAGCAUAG